ACUUCGCGCCGUCGCCGGCAAGCAAUGGACGACAACGUCUCGCGCCAACAUAGGCAUCUGUUAUUGACGCGCGUCUACUGUAGCUCUUAUCAGUCUUCUGAACCUUUUUCCAUUUGAAUCAACAGGGAUAAUCGUGAUAUUGCGUCCCAAACAGGACAGACAUCCACGAGAUAAGGAGAAGAAGAAGCGACACGAUGAUAGUGCGCGUUUUUGGAGGAACGAAGGGGAAAGUGUAAAAGUAUAAAAAGACAGUACGGAUUUCACGUCUCGCGUUUCCGCGCCACGAUGUCGAAUAGAUAACAAAGUACGAAUAUGAUUUCUUCUGUGACAUAUUGCAAAAUGAAUAAGGAAUGAAAGACAAUUUUAUUUUCAGCAUACUGGACAUAAUAAUGUUCCAUUCCUUAAAAGAAGAUGGACUUAUUAAGUCACCAACAUGAUAACAUUUAUGGCAAUGGACAGUAUGUGCCAGAGGCAGCAGGACUUAAAUUAAAUGAGGAAAAAAGUCAUGUAUUGAGAAGAAUGCUCAAACAUUGAUAGAAGAUCAUUUCCAUAUACAUCGCCAGCCUGCGAUGGAUCUCUGAGCUCAUUACAGUGACUUCCUGAUGCACUUCUGGAUUAACAAACCGGCUGGCAGGUACUACGGCUUCACCGGCCGCCGAUACCCUGCCACACCUGUGCCUAAAACACGUUCCAACCGUCGGCGCCGUGGCGAGCUUAGGCAGAUGGUAACCCCGGUGCAUCGAUUCCAGGGCCUGACAGGUAACUUCACAGCGGGGAAUGCAUCAUCAGCCGGACCUAGUAAUAUCAAUAACUCUUGCCGAAGCAUCGUCACUCGGCCGACGACGACGUCCGCGCGAAUCCACAACAACGAGAAUCGUCACGACAAUUCAUCGUCGCUCAACGCCGCCCAGCUCGUCCAGCUGAACAACAUCCCCAACAAUGCUCUCAGCGAGACUAGCAACAACUUGUCUAACGUGUCCAACGUGACCAGCACGAAUGGCGCGAACAGGAGCCUGCUGGGUUUCUCCGAAUUCAGCGACGCCGAUUUGGCCGGCUAUCGACUUCGUUGCGGUGUCUGGAUUACCUUCGUACUAGCGACAUUCUUCGUGGCGGCUGCCAAAUUCUACUUCGGUUAUCGGGGACCGGGAUUGGAGAUACUCGUGUUUUGUGGGCUGCUGAUACUGCUGCUAUCGGCAUGCCUGUACUCGAUCUUCUGCCGGCGCCACGGUCACAGUCAUCAUCAUCAUCAUCACGGCUGUCGGUCAGAGCACAGCGUCCGUAUGCAAGAGGAUCACCCCUUCGUCGCCUUGACGAACGCGUCCGGUAUCAGUGAGGGCGUGAUCGGCAGAGCGACGGGGACGGUGCCGACGAUGACUAUGCGGCAAAACCCACCGCCGCCACCUUAUCACAUCGCCAUUCUGAUACCGCCGCCGCCGCCGCCUGUGUCUCUGGAUGAGGCGCCGCCACCCUCUUACGACAAGGUCAUACGAUGAAAUCACUGACCCCGGCGUAAAAAAUCGAGCCGCAAGCGGCUCAUCUAAGACUUCUUCCUUCGACAUUCUCGUGUCUAGCGGCACAAAUCGAUUCUCUAGGAUUAGACAACUUUCACGUCUGUGAUAAGAGUGCAAUGAUGAUAACACAUCGACAACACAUCGGAGGUAAGUUCGGGAAGGAGAGAGAUUCGCGCAGCGAUAUUCACCGGUGAACGGUUUACGGAGGGCUUCGCGUUCCACUAACGAAUUUGUGUUCGGUGCGGACUGUAUUCUAAUCUUUUAUACUUAACUGCGUAAGAGAUACAUUUAGGUUUAUAGCCGCAGCGCGUUGUCGUAAAUUUCGGUGAAAUCCGCUCCGUUUGCAAUUUGAUUCUUCCAAUCAGAAUUUUCGCAAAGCCGCCGCUCGAACAUUCGAAUAUGCGUAAUUCCAAAAUCUGCAGAAUCAUUGCGUUCGAUUAUUUUAUUAUUUUUACAUUCUUAUCGUAAAACGCGUAUCUUUUUACACAUAUCCGCGAUAG